UUAGUUUCUUUACUUCCUUGAUAGAACUAGGUGCUGUUUUGAGGUCUUUAACACGUUCUGUAGAACUAAAAAACAGCACCGAUUUUGUUGUCUAUCAACCUUCGUGGAGCGUUUGGUUCCAUCAUUUAAGAACUGCGAGCCAUUACAAAGACUGAAAGACGACACACUGUUUAAAGUCACACUUCUCAACAGCGUGGAGUUUAGUUUAUUAUCUUCUCACCAUUUGAGCAAAACCAAAACUCUGUUUCGUUUUGUGUGAAGUGAAAACAGACACAGAGCAAUGGCAAUAUCUCAUCUUGUCUCUCCAUUACCAUCUCUCGCCUUCUUCCAAACCGGAAACUUAACCGGCCGUUCAUCUUCUCUCCAUGUAAACCCUAAUCCCCAAUUCUCAAAAUCUAGACUUUCAAGGGAAAGAGCCGCCACACUCGUCCUCCGAUCGAAAGGCGACGACUCCGUCGACGCAUCAGAUCGGAUAAUCUCAGCCGUCUGUUACUUCUACCCGUUCUUCGAUGGGAUUCAGUACGGCAAAUUCAUCAUCACGCAAUACCAACCUUUCCAGAUUCUCAUCCAGCCUCUGUUUCCCGCCAUCAAGGCCUUCAAGAGCUUCCCUUUCAAUGGCUUCCUCAUCUUCAUCGCUCUCUACUUCGUCGUCGUGAGAAACUCUAACUUCAGCAGGUACGUUAGGUUCAACACGAUGCAGGCCAUUGUGCUCGACGUGCUGUUGAUUUUCCCGGAUUUGCUUGAGAGGAGCUUUAAUCCCAGAGAUGGGUUUGGUUUGGAUGUGGUGAUGAGUUUGGACAGCACAGUGUUCCUCUUCUUGCUUGUCUGUUUGAUCUAUGGAUUCUCUGCUUGCUUGUUUGGUCUGACCCCGAGGUUGCCCAUUGUUGCUGAUGCUGCUGAUAGGCAAGUCCUUUGAUUUAUGAAGUAAACUGCAGCAACAAAUAAUAUGUAUAUGUAUGUACACAUGUGCUGUGAUUGCACUUUCUCUCUAUUGAAUCUGUUUCUUUGUAAUCAAAACAUAGUGUAACUUUUUGAUCCAUUGAAUACAGUUUUUGCAAA